AGCCGCCGCGCGGAGGCUCAACGCUGGAAUGAUAUGGACUGAGUGCCGCGUUUUCCGUCGCCGUUUUUUGUGUGCGUGUAUGUGAGAACGAGGGAGGGACGGACAGAAAGAGAGCGCGCGCUUGUAUGUGUAUGUGUGUGUGCGCCGGCCAAUGCUACCUUCCUUGUGCGUACACGGUGCACGUUUUGCUGGUGGCGCCCCGGGAACAAGCACGAGUGGUGGCAGAGUUGGUGAGCUGCAAGAGCGGGGGGUGGGAGGGGGAGAGAAGUCCCGAAGCGAGUAGCGCAAAUCAUCACGAAGGGCAGUCAUCCCGAGACGCAGAUUUGCCCUUGGAGUCGCGCUGAUCAGCGCGCCACGGUGGCCGCGUUGCUUCAGAGGGGAUGAAGACACAAGGUUACCUCCAGCCACAUUUUGAUGUGCAGAUGUCUGCUCACUAUGAAAUUGUCAGCAACCCAAAAGAGGAACAUGUAGUACUGUUGGAUACUGAAGAGUGUUUGCUGCCAGAUCAACUGUUCUCUAUCACUAGUGGAUUUAAAAAUUUCUGAACACUUGAUCUUGUUGAUUGGAGAUUGCUUUGGAAUUUUCUUUCUGGCUAUUUUUGUUGGGUGUGAGACACUGUAAGUGGCUUGUUGUAAGGGGAAAGGGAGGCAGGUAGGUAGGUGGUGAAGGUUGUGGAGAGGUCCCCUUGAACGCCUAUGCUAUGGUGAACGGUUUCCCAACCUACCUGCUUUCACGUUGUGUGGAACUUACUGGACAGCACCAGGAUAAAGGAUAACGGGAUAUGAAUGGAUUAUUUUGUUCCUGAGGUUCAGCCAUGGUAAAGCUUGCAAACCCACUGUACACAGAGUGGAUCCUGGAGGCCAUUAAGAAGGUAAAGAAGCAGAAGCAGCGCCCUUCUGAGGAGCGCAUCUGCAAUGCGGUGUCCAUGUCACAUGGUCUUGACCGCAAGACCGUCCUGGAGCAGCUGGAACUGAGUGUUAAGGACGGUACCAUUCUUAAGGUCUCCAAUAAAGGCCUCAACUCCUAUAAAGACCCCGACAAUCCCGGCCGACUUGGUUUUUCUAAACCACGUAACCAUCAUGGCCGCCCGUUGGAGGCCAUACACAACCUGGACUGGAAUAAAUUAAUCAAGUGUGCUUUGGAGAGUUUAGAUGAAUCUGGGGGCUCAUCUCUUAAGAGCAUUGAGCGCUUUCUGAAAAGUCAGAAAGAUGUCGUAUCCUCCAUGUGUGGGUCUGUUGCAUCUUCUGUUUCAGUUUUUCAUCAGCAACUUCGUUUAGCAGUUAAGCGUGCUGUUGGACAUGGACGUUUAGUCAAGAAUGGGCCGUUGUACCAGCUGAGCGGAAGAGCCCAAUCUGAAAUGCACUGCGAAUCAUUGGCAUGCUUACCACCAGUUCGACUGUUGCCUCAUGAGCGAGAUAAGCCUGUUGCAGAGCCAAUCCCCAUAUGUAGCUUUUGUCUUGGCACAAAAGAACAUAACCGUGAGAAGAAACCAGAAGAACUCAUCUCAUGUGUGGAUUGUGGCAAUAGUGGUCACCCUUCAUGUCUAAAGUUUUCUUCGGAGUUGACAGCUCGGGUCAAAGCAUUACGGUGGCAAUGCAUAGAAUGCAAAACUUGUAGUUCCUGUCAGGAUCAGGGUAAAAAUGCCGAUAAUAUGCUUUUCUGUGACUCAUGUGACCGUGGCUUUCACAUGGAGUGUUGUGACCCCCCACUUACACGGAUGCCCAAAGGAAUGUGGAUCUGUCAAAUUUGUCGACCACGGAAAAAGGGAAGAAAACUGUUGCACAAAAAAGCCGCACAAAUCAAGAGACGCUACACCACUCCCCUAGGUCGCCCCAAAAACAGCAGGACAAAAGGGCCAUUCAAAAAAGUGCGCAGUGGUCCUGGUCGAGGGCGAAGGCACAAGCUGUCCAAAUUUAAUCGCUGUUCUUCUACUACUCCUUCAUCUCCUUGUUCGUCUUCCUCUGAGGGUUAUCCUGGGGAUGACCACCAUCUAUUUGACUUUGGAGAAGACACAGGGCUGAGAGUUAACAAGAAGACCAAAGGGCUUAUAGAUGGCCUUACCAAAUUUUUUACGCCAUCACCUGACGGUCGCAAAGCCCGUGGUGAGGUAGUAGACUACUCUGAGCAGUACCGGAUAAGGAAAAAAGGAAGGAGCAAGUCCAGCAUGUCAGAAUGGCAAGGAGACAAUCAUGAAUUAUGGGAGGAUCGUCAAGAGGGUGGUGACAGGCCAGUAGGAAACCACGAUGUUGUGUCCGAGAAAGACAUUGAACUAUUUCAUCAGAUUCAAGAGCUUGCAUUGGAGAAAGUUGGUGUUACUGGACCUCCGGAUCCACAGAUGCGUUGCCCAUCAGUCAUUGAAUUUGGGAAGUAUGAGAUUCACACGUGGUAUUCUUCACCGUAUCCCCAAGAGUACAGCAGGCUGCCGAAAUUAUACUUAUGUGAGUUCUGUCUGAGGUACAUGAAGAGCAGAAGUAUUCUUUACCAGCACAUGAAAAAGUGUGGGUGGUACCAUCCACCAGCCAAUGAAAUUUAUCGAAAAGAAAACAUUUCUGUGUUUGAGGUGGAUGGAAAUGUCAGUACUAUAUAUUGUCAGAACCUCUGCCUUCUAGCUAAGCUCUUCCUGGACCAUAAAACACUUUAUUAUGAUGUCGAGCCCUUUCUCUUCUAUGUACUAACACAGAAUGACUCCAAGGGUUGCCACCUUGUUGGGUAUUUCUCAAAGGAGAAACAUUGCCAGCAGAAGUACAAUGUGUCCUGUAUCAUGAUUCUUCCUCAGUACCAGCGUAAGGGCUAUGGCCGAUUUCUUAUUGACUUUAGCUACCUUUUGUCAAAAAGAGAAGGCCAGGCUGGUUCACCAGAAAAACCACUUUCUGACCUGGGUCGCCUCUCCUACAUGGCGUACUGGAAAAGUGUCAUUUUGGAGUGCCUUUUUCACUGCCGGGACAAGCAGUUGAGCAUAAAAAAAUUGAGUAGGCUGACUGGUAUAUGCCCCCAGGAUAUCACAUCCACAUUACGGCAGCUUCACAUGUUGGAGUAUCGUGAGGACCGGUUUGUGCUUGUGAGGAGGGAGAAGAUGAUCCAGGAACACAUGGCACGUUUGCAAAACAACCCACGCAAGAUGGAAGUGGAUCCUGAUUGCUUGCGUUGGACACCUGUAAUUGUUGCUCAUACCAUGGUGUCAGAGGAGGAGGAAGAGGAGGAGGAAGAAGAUGAGGAGGAAGUACUUGUUAAAGAGACUAAACCUGUCACUGCUUCGUUAGCAAGUUCUUGGGAUAAAGGCGAUGAUGAAGACAAAUGUUUCGCUUUGGUAUUGAACAACAAGAUUCUUACCACGUCUACACCUACAUCUGGUUCACCUACUAUUGACACCCAUCUUGCAGCACUGGACACUUCUCUAAUAGCAAAUGGAGAAGCAAGGAGAGGAAGAAGAGGAAAGAGGAGGAAAGGGGGAUUUGGUGACAAAGGAAAAUCAGAUUUUCCAGGAGCUGAGACAGAUGAUAUUACACCAGAUGCAAAAGAUGAGGAAGAGGAGCGGUCAGCAUGCAGCCGUCAAGCUAUUGAUGGAAAGGUGUCUCUUUUAAAGGGAUGGUUUUCAAAUGGAGAGCCUCCUCGAAGAGGUCGACCAGGAAGGAAGAAGGGUGCUUUGAAACGGCGAUUUAGUGAAGGCUGUGAAACAUUAGCUAAGGACCAGAGGCAGCAGUUACAGAAGACUGAGUCUCCACAUCUGCCGCAGAGAAGACUACUUGAUGGGGCAGUAGAAUCAAGAAAAAGAAGCUUCAUUGAAAGCAGUGAGGAAGAACUAGAGGAAGAUGAUGAUGAGAAAAUGAGACCCAUGUCACCACCUGUCCUUACCAAGCCCACUCUCAGUGGGCUGAAAUGCAAGAAACCCAUUAGGAAAAGGCACUUCAGGCGACGCAGCCAUCCACCCAGUAGUGUUGUCACUGAGACUAUAUCUGAGACUACAGAGGUGUUGGAUGAGCCUUUUGUUGACUCAGACACUGAAAGGCCCAUGCCUUGCCUCAAGCCCACAUUGGAACGUGGAGAACCCCAUGAAACUGGAACUACAGCUACUAGAGGCUUCCGCAGGUGUUUACCUCCAAGAGCUGCCCUUCGACAAGAAAAUUCCUCCAAGAGAAAAUUAAGUGAAUCGAAGGGCGAGUCAGAAGAGGAAGAUACAGUGGAACUGAAACCUCCUGCUCUAGAGAAGGCAGGGAGGAUCGAGUCUGAGCCAGAAUUUGUAACAGCGGUAAAAAAGAAGAAAGGAUGGCCCAAAGGAAAAAGCCGUAAACCAUUGCACUGGAAGAAAAGAUCAGGCCAAAAGGCUGAAAACAAACUUAACCAGGAAUCUGCUGCAGAAGUGAACACAGUUGAGGGAGAGAAGGAAACAAAUACCCCAAAAGAGGUGGCAAUAGUUGCUCCUCAAAAGCAAAAACCUGGAAGAAAACCUCGCAGUUACUAUAUGCAAAAGUUGCAAAGUCAAGGGGACCAGAAGGAGGAUGCACCAAUCCAUAUUGCAGAAAAGAAGCUGCCACUACUUGAAGAAACAAGCAAGAGCAUGAAACCCGUAGAUACUGGUGGCCUUGAUGAAGAAAAUGGCGAAAAAGGUAGUGGUAAGUUGCAGCAAUUGAAAUCAGCAGUCAGUGCAAGUCCUGUCACUGACUUGAAAGAUAUGGAAGUAGAAGAGGAUGAUGAGGAAGAGGGAGAACAGGAGGAGGAAGAGGAGGAGGAGGAGGAGGAGGAUGAAGACGAAGAGGAGGAUGAUGAGGAAGAUGGAAAGCUCCUUCUGAAACAACAGCCUCUCCCCCCUCCCGCAUUACCUGAAAUUAGAAAAGACCAGGUAGUUGAAGAUGCACCUGAGCAACCCAGUGAGAGGAGUGAGACUGCUGCAAUAUCUGACAGAAAUCGUAGUGAUGAACAUGAUGCAGAUGAUGAAGAUGAUGGCCAGUUGGAGUCUUCUGAGAAGAACAGUUCAAUAGCAGUGAAGGCGAUUAUUGAAAAUGAACUGCCAGAGUCACAACUAGCAGUUAAAGAAGACGUUAAAGAAGAACCAGAAGGCCAGGAGCCUUUCUUGCAUGUUGCAAUGGAAGAUAAUCUUAACAAAGAGGAGGAGGAGGAAGAGGGGGAGGAAGAGGAGCAGGAAGUCAAAACAAGCAUAGAGCAGGACUCUGAAGAAGAACAGGCUUCCAACGAUACAUCAGCAGAACUAGAUCAGCUCCAUGGCUCUGAUGAAGAUCAAACUGUUGAAGAGCCAGAAGUAAAGGAUAGACUAAUGCAACCGCAGGAGUUCAAGGAAGAGAUGAACCAGAAUCAUCACCAUAGCAGUAGUGAGUUGGACCUUGAGACAGUUCAAGCUGUCCAGUCACUGACACAAGAGGAGGGUGCCUAUGAGGAUUGUGAGGAGACCCUGGCAGCCUGUCAGACCCUGCAGAGUUACAACCAGGUGGAAGACGAUCCCCAGCUCUCAAUGGUGGAGGACUGUGGGCACACCUCUGCCUCUGAACACAACAGCCCAAUCUCCUCUGUGCAGUCACAUCCAAGUCAGUCUGUGCGGUCAGUAAGCAGCCCAAGUGUACCACCUGCCCUUGAAGUGGGGUAUACCCAAAUAAGCCCAGAGCAAGGCUCCCUCUCUGCUCCUUCCAUGCAGAAUAUGGAAACCAGCCCAAUGAUGGAUGUGCCCUCUGUGUCUGACCACUCUCAGCAGGUAGUGGACAGUGGCUUUAGUGAUCUUGGGAGCAUUGAGAGUACAACUGAGAAUUAUGAGAACCCCAGCAGCUAUGACUCCACAAUGGGAGGUGGAUGUGGAGGUGGGGGUAGUAACACUGGUUCUUCCCAGACCAACAGCUGCUCUUUUGGCGGUGCAGGAGGGAUGGCGUCUUCCAGUAACAUGGCCCAGAACAGUAACAGUGCUGGGGGAGGUAGCUGUGUAGUCAACCAGAUGGCAGGGAUGAGUAGUAGCUGUAGCUUGAUACAGCAGCAGCAGCAGCAACAGCAACAGCAACAGCAGCAGCAGCAGCAGCAAGGCAGUGGGCCUCAACCUCCUCCACCACCACCACCACCUUCCACGGUCAACUGCAGUAUCAAGUCUCCCCAAAGUUGUGUCAUUGAGAGGCCUCCAAGUAGCAACCAGCAACCCCAAUCUCAGCAUCAGAAGAAGCCUCAACCUCCUUCGCUUCAGCCUCCAUCACAGCCUCCACAACAAGCAGCACCUCCGCCCCCACAGCAACAGUCUUUGUCCCAGUGCAGCAUGGGAAACAGCUUUCCAUCCACGCCAAUGAUUAUGGAGAUCCCAGAGUCAGGGAAUUCGGCAAACAUUAGCCUGUAUGAAAGAAUGGGGCAGGACUUUGCAGCAAGCAGUUAUCCCCAGCCCACGGCCACUUUUAGUCUGGCCAAACUGCAGCAGCUGACCAACACUAUCAUGGAUCCCCAUGCCAUGUCUUACAGCCACUCGGCUGCAGUCACUUCCUAUGCAACCAGUGUGUCUUUGUCCAAUCCUGGGUUAGCCCAGUUAGCUCCUUCCCCCCACCCUCUGGCAGGGACGCCACAAGCACAAGCCACCAUGACUCCUCCGCCCAAUUUGGCCUCCACCACUAUGAACCUGGGAGCCCCAUUGCUCCAGUGCAACAUGCCUGGUGCCAACAUUGGCAUACCACAUACCCAGCGUCUGCAGGGUCAGAUGGCUGUGAAAGGCCACAUCUCUAUCCGUUCUAAGUCCGCACCCCUUCCAACUGGCACUACCCACCAGCAACAGAUGUAUGGACGCAGCCCCACGGCAGUUGCUGCAAUGCAAGGUGGCCCCCGGGCCUUGACUGUACAAAGAGGCAUGAUGCCGAAUCUCAUGCCUACGCCAGCCUAUAACGUGAACUCGAUGAACAUGAACACCCUGAAUGCAAUGCAGGCUGGGUAUCGCAUGACGCAGCCUAUGAUGAACAGCAGCUAUCAUGGCAAUCCAGCCUACAUGAACCAGCCCACCCAGUAUCCUAUGCAGAUGCAAAUGGGCAUGAUGGGAGGGCAGGCAUACCCACAGCAGCCUAUGCAGCCGAAUCACCACGGCAACAUGAUGUACACUGGCCCCUCCCAUCACAGCUACAUGAAUGCGGGGGUGCCCAAGCAGUCGCCUUACAUGAGCAGAUGAGCUUACGGCAGGGACAUGGGAAGGCCAAGUAACCCCCCUUGUUGUUGCUCAGCAGUGAACUUGUAUCUCCCUCCAUGUUGUAAAAGGAAUCAAGCAAGGACUGGACCUUUCUCAGAGGCCCCCCCACUGUUGUGUUGCUACAGCAUUUUCUGUGCACCUCUCCUCUGCAGCCAGAAGAGUGCAGAUUUUAACAAGUGGUUUUCAAAGCAGAAACCAUGCGCACAAUCUUUUAACUGAAAUAGGAAGCCUUACCUGCAUUAAAACUUGUGUUUGGGGUGGGGGGAAUGGGGUGGGGGUUGUUAAGGGUGAUGGGUGUGGAUGUAGAAAUGGAAUUUAAGCCUUUUUUGUAUUUUCAAUUUUAAAGUUUUUUAUUGUUGUUAUUGCUUGUGUGCAGUCCAUAUCCUUCCCUUAUGUUUUCAGACCAUUUUUAAAGAUGUUUCAGUCGAGGUAACGUUACUGUUCAAAGGACCUGGAGGCACCUUGCAACUCGCUCUGCGUAUCUAGAAACAAGGCACUUAGUUGAAAACAUCACACUUUGCUUUGCAAUGGAAACUUGCCUUAUGGCGAUAAAAAGUGGGGGGUGGGGGUGGGGUGGGGGGAAUGGAGGGUGGAUUCUGCCAGCACCCUAGGAAUAUUACAAACAAAAAAUUAAAUAAACUCGUGGUCCUUCCUUGUACAACAAAAAAAAGCCAUCAGACUUGUAUUGCCUUGGGUUUAUUUUUCUAUGUGGGGAGGGAAGGACUGGGGGCCAAGGUGUUUGUGCUUUCCAUCGUUCUAGAGGGGGACACUGCAAAAGCAGAAAAUAUAAACUUGGGAAGGCCCCCCUAGAAUUGCCCAGUAGACAUUCCUGGCCAGACUUGUUGUUUUGCGCAAAAAGCCAAAUUGUACAUACAAGCAUUGGAAACAGUCCUCUUCUGUGUUUCUCUGGUCCCCUGCUCUUAAUGUAUUUUAUUUGUUUUGUUUUUUAAAUAUAUAUGUUAGUUUUGAAUUUCCUUUUUUGCUUGUUUCUUUAAGAGAAGGGUAGGUUUUCCUAAUUUACAGGAAAGGAUUCUUUUUGCUGCCACUUGAGUCAGGAGCUGCUUGUGAGUUCAGUGCAAGCUGCUUUUCUGGUCUGUGUGCAUUAAUAGCACAGCACUGGAGUUUAGGCUUGGAAUAUUGGAGUCUGGGAGAUCAAAGACCUGCGUCCACCACUGUACGGUAAAUGUUGUACACUUUGAGCUGCACCACCAACCUUUUAAUUUAAUACCAAUGUUUUAUAAGAAGUUUAAUGUUCCAGUAUUCAAACUUUAAACUGGAGGGAGACCGUUGUAAAGUGAGGAUUUCGUUUUGUUAUUACUAUUUUUUUAUUUGUUUCUCUGAAUUUUAUCAAUCAGGCAGCUUCCUUUUAUGAAAGAGCUGACUCCUUUUUCGACUUUAGAAUUAUUGUAGAGAAAAUGUUUUUUCUAUAAUAUAAAAAUAUCCUACGUAUUAAUAUUGGUACUUGUCAUUUUUUUCACUUCUGUUUAAAAAAAAAGGUAUUUUUUAGCAGGAUACUUGGGUAAUCUUAUUAAAAAAAAAAAAAAAGUAAAUACUCACUCUUAGUGACUGAUGCCUUUAAGCUUUUCAUCUCAUCUCAUCUUUAGGAUUUUCUAUCUUUGUUGUAGUAUAUUAAAAGCUAUUUUAAAACAAAAAAGACAGAAAUCUCUAAAGUUCUUUAACGUUUUGUGUAUAGGGUGCCUCCCAGCGCCUCCAAAAUCCGCAUGUAAAAAUGGAGCUGAGUAUAUUGCUGUCUUUAUAUCGCCCUCCUUUUUGUAUCCUUUGUAAUUGUACAUGGUGAGUUGUAAGCUAUGAGGAAGAGGAAUUGGGCCCCGUCGGUUCAUGAGCCAGUCUGUCUCUUCUCUUCCCCUGUAUGUAAUUUCACUUUUUUCUUUUUAGCAAGUACUUUAAAAGAACUCUGUACAUUUUAACAUAAAAAAUAAAUUAUGUUGAGCCAUC